AUGAACGGCAACACGCCCACCUCUGGCGACGAUGAUAUGCCGCUGCCACCCGGUGUUGUAACUCCCGACGGGAGAAACAGUAGUGAUAUGGAUGGCCAGAGGACCCCGGAUCAAAGGAGAAGUCUUGACGGCCGAGACGCGGUUGACUUAUUGUCAAUCUCUCCGGGGCCGAAUGGCGACAUUUUCGAUGGUACAACACAGCAGAGCUCGGGUAAUCGGAUUCAGACCGGAAAGAGUGGACGGGUGAUUGAGAGGCUCAUGGCGGAGAACGAUCGGUUGAAAAGGGACCUGAAGACACAGACCACGGCGAGGGAGGAGGAGAGGAAGGAAAAGGAGGCUAUCCGGUCAUCAAGAGAUUCGCUGCAGAGUACAAACGAAAAUCUCAUACACCAGACCAAUGUCGACAAAACCUCGCUUGCUCGAAAGGAUCGCAAGAUCGAAGAAUUGAAGGCGGAGAAGGAGCGAGAGAUGGCGAGACGUCAGGAAGCAGACUCGAGUCUCCACGAGCUUGUUAGGCAAAGUGACGUGAAGGUUCAGGAACUGAUGACUACCCUAAGCAAUGAGACAUCGGAAAGAAAAAAGGCAGUGAAUCAAUAUGAGGUUCUGCAACAGAGUUGGAAGCAUUUAGACGAAGGUUAUAGGACAAGAGUUGAUAGGUUACGAGCUGAGCUAGAAGCUUUACAGUCGGAGCGAGAGCGAGACCACCAACUACUGAAGCGGCUCGAGGUCACAAUCGAACAGCAAAGGCAAGAGGUCGAAAAGCUGCGGGUCGCCAAGAAUCGGAUUUCCGAUAAAUACACGAAGACCAUGAACGAUACCGAGAGAGAUGUUGGUGAUAUACGGAUAAGGGCGGAUGCCACUGGGAGGGAAGCGGAUGAGAUUCUGGCUGAUGCAAAAGAGACCCUUGGAAAGCUACGACAUGUUAUGGCUGUUCAGAGGGACUUGCGGAAGACUUGA